UAAAAUCCCUGUCUUAACCAUGUGUUUAUUGCUGAACACUGAAUAGAUAUGCGAGUACCAAGUAUCUAGGGGUAGAGUCCAGGGGUAGAGAGUCACAAAAUCCCAAGAGCUUACAACAGGGAUGAGUAUCUUACCAUAAAGUGACAGCUGCCAGGAGAAGAUCAUUUAUAGCACAAUUUUUGAAAUGGCUAACUUCCUGUGGUUCACCUAGUUUUUGAAAAAAUCAGCUCCUGUGAGGUAGAUAGUGGUAUCAUUUGCUAAGAGGUGGAACGAACGAGGAGGAGCAGGUUUGGAAUAUGCUGAGUUGGGUCCACAGUGCAACUCGUGAAGACUUUCUCCCCAAGCCUGUUAUUGGUAUACAAAUGCUCUCAGUCCAGCCAGACACCAAGCCGAAAGGUUGUGCUGGCUGCAACCGAAAGAUCAAGGACCGGUAUCUUCUAAAGGCACUGGACAAAUACUGGCAUGAAGAUUGCCUGAAGUGUGCCUGCUGUGACUGUCGUUUGGGAGAGGUGGGCUCCACCCUGUACACUAAAGCUAAUCUUAUCCUUUGUCGCAGAGACUAUCUGAGGCUCUUCGGUGUAACGGGAAACUGUGCUGCCUGUAGUAAGCUCAUCCCUGCCUUUGAGAUGGUGAUGCGUGCCAAGGACAAUGUUUACCACCUGGACUGCUUUGCAUGUCAGCUUUGUAAUCAGAGAUUUUGCGUCGGAGACAAAUUUUUCCUAAAGAAUAACAUGAUCCUUUGCCAGACGGACUACGAGGAAGGUUUAAUGAAAGAAGGUUAUGCCCCCCAGGUUCGCUGAUCUAUCAACAUCACCCCAUUAAGAAUACAAAGCACUACAUUCUUUUAUCUUUUUUGCUCCACGUGUAUAUAAGAAUUGACACAGGAACCUACUGAAUAGCGUAGAUAUAGGAAAGCAGGAUGGUUAUAUGGAAUAAAAGGCGGACUGCGUCUGUAUGUAGUGAAAUUGCCCCAGUUCAGAGUUGAAUGUUUAUUAUUAAAGAAAAAAGUAAUGUA